AUGAGGAUGAUAUUAGCUUUAAUGCUUAUAUAUUUCACAGCCAACGCGCUGGCUUGGGCUGAUGAUUGUGCUUCGAUCACAAAUGUUGAUCAAUGCAAGAAUAACCCAUCGUGUAUUUCGCUGUCAUAUUUGACCUGUUGUGGUAAACAAGUCGACUAUUGUGUACAGAAUACUGGCAAUUGUCAGACCAACGUCCACUGUAUGCAAACGCUCACCAAGCAAGCAGACAAUGUUGCCGAGUUUUGGAAUAGCUGUCCACCAGCCAACGUACACUGGAUUCCAUACACCCCACAAAACUCAACCUGCGACCAAUUGAGAUGUGAAGCUCAAGGCGCAACCUGCGAAUGGAUCACUCCAUCAUGCCCAGGUACCAGCUGUUGCCCAACCUAUGCUCGUUGCACUGGUGGUUCAUCGGGAUCAUCGGGAUCAUCGGGAUCAUCGGGCUCAUCGGGCUCAUCCGGCUCAUCCGGCUCAUCUGGAUCAUCUGGAUCUUCGACUGGCCAAUCAUGUUCAAACACUCUAUGCCCACCAAAUACCAACUGUCAAUUGUGGGACGGUAAGCCCGUUUGUGUAGCCGGCUCAUCUGGCUCAUCCACUUCCGGCUCAUCUGGCUCAUCCACUUCCGGCUCAUCUGGUUCAUCGACUGGCGACGCCUGUCAAGGCAAGCACUGCCCAGACGGAUUCUACUGCUCUUCUCAAAGCGGCCAAGCUGUCUGCUGGCCAGGACACCCCACCAACCCACCCACCCAUCCACCAACCAGACCACCUGGAAACGACUGCGAGGACAUUGACGACCCAUGGAAGUGCAACGGACACCACCGUGAAGGCGAACAUGAAGGUUGGGGAGGUCACGACCACCGUGAAGGCGAACAUGAAGGUAAGCACUGUGUCUGGGGUCAAGACCACCACUGCACCAGCAGAUGUUGUCCACCAUCUGCCAAGUGUAUCGGUCCACACACCACCUCGGCCUCGACCACUGCCACCACCACCUGCUCGACCACCGCCUCGACCACCGCCACCACCACCGCCUCUACCACUGCUGAUCCAACCGGUCGUCCAACAUCUGGCUGGCCAACUGGUCAUCCAACAUCUGGCUGGCCAACUGGUCGUCCAACAUCUGGCUGGCCAACUGGUCGUCCAACAUCUGGCUGGCCAACUGGUCGUCCAACCUCUGGUUUCCCAACCUCUGGGUGGCCAACAGGUCAUCCAACCUCUGGUUUCCCAACCUCUAUCGCUCCAACCUCUGGAUUCAUCACCCGUGCUCCAUCAUCUGGUGCCUGGACCGGUGACGACUGGACUGAAGAUAGUGAUGAUGAACCAAUUUUCACCCUUGGAGGUGGAUGGUAA